AUGAGUUUGAAGAGCAAAAGAAGGCGCAACAUCUGCAGAGCCAUACCAAGACAACAGGGAGCGCACCAUCCACCGUCUCCUCUCCAAAACCACCUCCAGGGCCGCCUCCUGCCCACUACCGGCACCCAACCCCCCCACUCAACUGGCCUCUUGGUAUCACUAGCACAUCCCACGACCCUGAAGCCCCCUGCAGCCACCCACCCCCACCCCAGGCUGCUGCGUCCCCCAGGCCCCCCACCAGGACCUCCUCCACGGCGCCAGGCACAGCACCCUCCUGGUCCGCCUCCUGGGCCUCCACCCCAGCGCCCGGCCGGAAUCCCUCCUUUCACGACAGGCUCCACUCAUACGGUUCUUCCGUUCAUUGGCCUAGCCAGUCCCGCUUCGGCCGCCAGUGGGGCCACCUCCUUACAGCCCGCACUCACUCCUACUGUGACACCAGUAACCUCAAGUCCUUCAAGCUGCGACCAGUCGCCUAUGUCUACCACAGUGGUGCGCUGCUUGAACCUGAUUGAGACUGUGAAGUCUCUGAGCAUCCCGCCGCCAGUCAAACCUGUUAAAUCUGUCCAGUUCAGCUUACCCUCAGUGUCGUUCAGCAGCUCGCCGCCCUCACUGGAGACGGACGACGACAUCAAGGCCAAGCAGAAGGAGAAGCUGGAUUUGUAUAAUCAGAGGCUUCUGGAGAAGAGGGAACAGGAGUACAAAGAGAGGCUUACCCUCAGGAGACAAGGAGAGAGGAACAAAGAGGGUCCGCCGGUCCCGGCAGGUAAACCAAUCAGUAGCGAGCCCAAGAACGUUUGGAUCUGUGGUCAUUCGCUUGUGUACUGGGCCGAGUCGCGGGCCAAGUCUCCAGAGGUAGGUAUGCAGCUGGGCAUGGACCCCAACAAGGUGACCAUUUGGUGGAAGGGCAUCCAGGGCAUGACCUGGUCCCAGCUGUUGCCCCAGCUCCACCAGUUGAAGAUCACAUGGCCCAACCCGGACGCCCUGAUAGUUCACCUGGGAGGGAACGACCUGAGCACCGAGAGCCCCACUAACCUGCUGGCCUCCGUCAAGAAGGACAUGGCCUCCAUACGGAGCAUCUUCCCACACUGCCUCCUGGUGUGGUCCGACAUCCUCCCUCGCCGGGUGUGGCGUCACUCGCCAGACAGCUAUGAAGUGGAUCUGGUUCGCACCACUGUGAACCGCAGAAUCCACAGCAUUGUGUCGGAUCUGGGAGGCAUCUCGGUGAACCACGACAACAUCCGGUGUGGCACCAACACAGGGCUGUACCGGGGUGACGGCAUCCACCUGUCGCCUAAAGGCAUUGAUGUUUUCAACCUGAACCUGCAGGAGUUUCUGGAAAAGUGGGAGCUGGAGGUGAACGCCCAGAAUGCUCCAGGGAUGUAGGCGUCAUUCUUUCUUUCACGGUUCUUAUGUCCCCCAGUAGCUAGCUAGUUCAGAUGAAUCUCAUUGAUGCUCCAUAAGGACAGUUAUGUUGAGGUUUGACAGUAGAACCAUUUCAUUGUCAGCUGAAAUAUCCCAUCAUUGUUAUUAAUUUUAUGUGAUUUUCAGCAGAUGUGUCCCCAGAUGAUACUGAAGUUUCCUCUGCAGGAAUUCUUCUGGUUUUCUUGCAAAACUGAAUUAAAUCAUUUCAUCAAAGUUAAUGAAGUUUUUCAAUGAAAUGAGUUUUAGAAAAAUGUAAAUAAAAACUUUUGAAUUGGUGUCAGUUUAAUAGUUUACAGUUGGCUGAGCAUUGAGAACAUCUGAUGUCCUUCUGGUUCCUUCAUCAGAAGAAGCUCUGGGUCUUUUUCACCAGAUGCUUCCCUAUAAAUGUGACUCGCUGCCUCUCAUUUCAUCAACUCUUCCUUUAUGAUUAGAAGGGACUUAAAUAUAGCUGCAAGGUCUGCUAAAUUCAUUUGACCCCCAAAAACCUUCUGGCAGCGAAGGGAGACGUCAUAAACUGCAGUGGAUUAAAUGUAUUGUUUGAGUUUUCAUGGACCUCUAGAUAUGUCGAGUAUAGAAGUUGCAGAGUAAAUGUCUGGCAGACGGCAGUCAGACCUGCAGACUGAUGGAAGACCUCGGUGGUUAGCCCUGAAGAAAGCAUGAAGGCAGAGCAGCAGGACCUCAGGACGACCCAUCAGACCUUCACAUCCCGGAGACUCUG